AUGGAGCACGAGAAAUCCCAGGCCGAGGCCAUGGAGGUCGUCCGCGGUGGCGGUGCCCAGGUCAAUGACAUGAUCGAAGACAUGGAGCGACUGCUCGACGAGUCUGGUGGACUGGAGACGGGCGUCUUCCACAUUGCGUUCGACGACCCGAGGAAGUUCACAUGGCUGCUCGUGGCUUUCGCCAGUAUGGGCGGUCUUCUGUCCGGACUGGACCAGAGUCUGAUCUCGGGCGCGAACCUUUACCUGCCCGUAGACCUGGGCCUCGAUACGCGUCAGAACAGCUUGGUCAACUCAGGCAUGCCCUUGGGCGCUGUCGGCGGUGCCCUUCUCCUGUCGCCCGCCAACGAAUAUCUCGGCCGGAAGAACGCCAUCAUUCUUUCCAUCAUCUUGUACACGGUCGGUGCCGCUUUGGAAGCUGGUUCGAUCAAUUUUGCUAUGAUUGUUGCUGCCCGUGUCAUCCUCGGUCUCGGUGUUGGCCUCGAGGGCGGCACCGUUCCCAUCUAUGUGGCUGAAACCGUGGAGCGUCGCCUUCGCGGCAACCUUGUAUCUCUCUACCAGUUCAACAUUGCUCUCGGCGAAGUUCUUGGCUAUGCUGUGGCGGCCAUUUUCCUACGCGUUCCUGGAAACUGGCGGUAUAUCCUCGGCUCUUCGCUCGUCUUUUCCACAAUCAUGUUCAUCGGCAUGCUGUUCCUACCAGAGAGCCCGCGCUAUCUGAUCCACAAAGGUCACAUGCUCGACGCUUACAAGGUGUGGAAGCGUAUCCGUGGUGUCGAGUCGGUUGAAGCCAGAGAAGAGUUCUUCGUUAUGACAGCCGGUGUCCGCGAAGAGCACACCGCUGUCCAGGAAGGAGCGAAGAACAAGCGCUUUCCAUGGAUGGAUUUCUUUACAAACCCGAGAGCCCGACGUGCACUCAUCUACGCCAACAUCAUGAUUAUCCUCGGUCAGCUGACUGGCGUAAACGCUGUAAUGUAUUAUAUGUCGAUACUGCUCAACCAGAUCGGUUUCGAUCCCGAGAAGGCCAACUACAUGUCUCUCGUUGGUGGCGGUGCUCUUCUGCUCGGAACAAUUCCCGCUAUUUUUCUCAUGGAGACAUUUGGUCGUCGUUUCUGGGCCAUUAUAACGCUUCCUGGCUUCUUCGUUGGCUUGGUGCUCAUCGGUGUUAGUUACCAGCUCUCGCUGGACACGCAGCUGGUGGCCGUCCAGGGACUGUACUUUACGGGUCUUGUCCUGUACAUGGGCUUUUUCGGAUCAUACGCUUGUUUGACGUGGGGUGAGUUUCCAUUCGCCUGGUCCCCAACUUUAGCGCGCCUUCCUUACAAACUAACAUCGCUCCGUCCCUUAGUUGUUCCAUCGGAGGUCUACCCGACUUACCUGCGCAGUUACGGCAUGACAACGUCUGACGCGCUGCUUUUCCUAAUGUCUUUCACCGUGACGUACAAUUUCUCGGCCAUGCAGAUCGCCAUGGGCAAGACCGGACUUGUGCUUGGUUUCUACGGAGGUAUUGCAGUCCUGGGUGAGAUAUACCAGCUGCUAUUCAUGCCCGAAACCAAGGACAAGACGCUCGAGGAGAUUGACGAGGUCUUUGAGCGCCCGACGAUGAGCAUUGUCCGGGAGAACUGGGCGGGUAUCAAAGAGAACGUCAACAACAUGUGCCACGGCCGCUUCAGCGAGGUGUUUCGCCAGCAGGCAAAGCGGAGAGCCACCUUGCACGGCCCCGACAUCAGCGAGAAGGCUUAA